CAGAUGAGCGACGGGUAAACUCGUACACCAUAUGUAACUCCCUUCCAUUUUUAGCCAAGAAUUUUGUUUCUAUACGACACACACACUCAUUACAUUCUUCUAUAAUCUAUUUACUUGAUUUCCUUACCUUCUUCUCCCUUUGCGAUUUCAAGGAGGAGGAUCGACCUCCAUUAACCAUCUUCAACAAUGAGUUCGGUGACCCUUUCCCCAGCUUCAACUACAUCACCCGGAAACCCAUCCGUUUUCUACCGGAACAGAACCAGGACGACCAAAACUACCCACUCUAAAUGUCGGACCAGAACCAGAUUCAGGGCCAAACCCCUACGUGCAGCGCUGGUUGAGGAAGCUAGACCUCGCGCUUUGCCUCCGGUUAGAGGCAAUAACAAUAUUAAUGGUGUCGUCUCUUCCAUAGUGCCGGCUUCCAAGAGUAGAGAAGAUGAUAUUCAAGCUGAAGCCAAAGCUUUGGCUCGUGCCUCCAACGCUUCCGUCUAUAGUCCUGAACUUCUUAAAUUAAAUUACGCUUCUCGUCCCUUCAAGGUGCUACGGAGGACUCUUCAGAUUCUGAUUGGACUCGGUUCGUUUGGAUUGAAACUCUGGAUAGAUCAGUUGCAAGGUCAGCUUGUACAGAACAGAAGAUCGCGAGCUGUCGAAUUGAGGGAGACUUUCACGAGGUUAGGUCCUACUUUCGUUAAACUUGGUCAGGGUCUCUCCACCAGACCAGAUCUUUGUCCACCUGAAUUCCUUGAAGAACUCUCUGAACUCCAGGAUGCUUUGCCAACAUUCCCAGAUGCAGAGGCAUUUGCUUGCAUUGAAAAAGAGCUCGGAGUCCCACUUGAUUCCAUUUACUCAUCCAUAUCAACAUCUCCUAUUGCUGCAGCCAGUCUAGGUCAAGUUUAUAAAGCUAAACUCAAGUAUUCUGGGCAACUUGUUGCUGUGAAAGUACAGAGGCCUGGUAUUGAAGAAGCCAUUGGGCUAGACUUUUACCUCAUCAGAGGUCUUGGUUUACUUAUAAACAAAUACGCAGACAUAAUAACCAGUGAUGUUGUUGCUUUAAUCGAUGAAUUCGCACGAAGAGUCUAUCAAGAACUCAACUAUGUACAGGAGGGACAAAAUGCUAGAAGAUUCAAGAAGCUAUAUGCUGACAAAGAAGAUGUUCUUGUUCCAGACAUCUUCUGGGAUUACACCAGUGGGAAAGUUCUAACCAUGGAAUGGGUUGAAGGUGUGAAACUAAACGAACAAGCAAUCAUCGAAGGUCAAGGGUUAAAAGUCUUGGAUUUAGUCAACACAGGUAUUCAAUGCAGCCUUAGGCAGCUUCUUGAAUAUGGUUACUUCCAUGCAGACCCCCACCCUGGUAAUCUUUUAGCAACCCCAGAAGGAAAACUUGCUUUUCUUGAUUUUGGAAUGAUGAGCGAGACACCUGAAGAAGCAAGAUUUGCAAUCAUUGGUCAUGUUGUUCAUAUGGUUAAUCGCGAUUAUGAAGCCAUGGCUCGUGAUUAUUAUGCUUUGGAUUUUUUAUCUCCUGAUGUUGAUGUCACCCCAAUUGUUCCAGCACUUAGAAACUUUUUUGAUGAUGCAUUGAAUUCUACAGUGAGUGAACUCAAUUUUAAAACCAUUGUGGAUGGACUUGGUGCUGUUCUUUAUCAGUAUCCAUUCAAUGUCCCUGCUUACUAUGCAUUGAUAUUGAGAUCACUAACUGUUCUAGAAGGUUUGGCACUUUAUGCGGAUCCUAAUUUUAAGGUUUUAGCUGCUUCGUAUCCUUAUUUUGCAAAAAGGCUGCUCACAGAUCCAAAUCCAUAUCUAAGAGAUGCCCUUAUUGAGUUGCUAUUCAAGGAUGGAAAGUUGAGGUGGAAUAGGCUUGAAAACCUGCUAGUGCAGGGGAAAAUGGAUAGGGAUUUUGCAGCAAAAGAUGCAUUGCAGCCUGUUUUGAAACUGGUGUUGGGUCCCGAUGGUGAGGAGUUGAGGAGUUUGGUUAUUAAAGAGGCUAUUCGGGUGACUGAGGCAAUUACUAUCGGAACUGUAAUUGAUACCUACAAUUCCAUUCCGGGGCCUUUGAGGAGUUUUCUCCCGAAUGGGAAUGGAAUUGGGACAACGGGUCUGAGUGAGGCGGAAAUGGAGAGCAUGUUGGAGCUGAGAGAACAAGUUCUGAGGAUUUGGGGGCUUUUACGCGCUUCUGAUAAUUUUGAUCCUAGUGUCCUACAGCCGAUUAUACAGGUUCUUCAAGAACCAGAGGCUAGAAAUCUUGGAGGGCGUGUAUUUGGGGGGAUUACACAGCGUCUUGCUGCACGUCUUUUGCAACAAGUUCUUCGUUCACCAACACCAACACCAGCACUUCGUGCACCGACGUUAUAGCACCACAUUCUUUCAAUGUGUAUAAUAAUAGAAAAAAAUAACUAAAUACACACUUCAUUUUUAUUGUUUGUAAAUUUGGAUAUUUAUGCCUUUUGUACAAACAAGUUAAUAAGUUAUCCCUCAUAUUUACUAUAAUACAAAACCAAUCAAAUCAUUCAACCUA